AUGGUGAAGCCAAAGAAGAAAGUGGUCAUCGUCGGAGAGGGUCUGGGAAUGCUCAAUGGACUUGUUGCAGGUGUUUCCCACGACGCUGAUGACGCCGGCCUGCGAGACCACGUGGUCAGCUCAUUCUUGACCAGCCACCACCGCACCCGCAACAAUCCCCCUCCACCGACGACGACAAACAUGUCCGUCUCCCUCAACCCCAGCAAAUCCCUCGGCUUCCACCGUCCCUUGACCAUUCUUGUCAAGCGCUCAUUGACGAUUACAAACAACAACCCCCAGCCGGUAGCAUUCAAGGUCAAAACUACCGCCCCCAAGGGCCUCAGGGAGGAGCCCCCACUUAACACACAAUGUAAAGACAAGUUCCUCAUUCAAAGCACUAUCAUCACUCCUGAGAGGGAGCUCUUGCCGCUGCACGACCUUUGGGCUAACCCCGACACUAAUGAAGAGGGCAAGAUUUUCCAACAGAAGCUCCGCGUCACCUACCUCCCUCCAGAGGGCCAGACAGUUGAGGAAGAAGACGAAAACAUCAAUGCGGGAUUGACUUCCAAUAUUACCGCCAAUGAGUCUCAACAUUACGAUACCGUCCGUCAGACUCUAGGAAAUGGCAAUCUAUCUACACUCGAUUCGCAUUACCUCCCCGCCACCCAGUCUCAGGAGCAUCCAGAUGAACGGGCCCAUACACCCAAUCAGGAACCUCUGGAACGCGAGGUCUCGACAGAUACGGAGGUGCUUCAACAACAGCAGGUUCCAGUAAUAGUUGAACCGGGGGAGCACCCAUCGUCACCCGCACAUGUCAAGGCUGCCCUUCCCGAUACACAAGAAUCCCGCGAACCCUCACGCUCUGCAGAUGCCGAACCUGUCCGGGAAACUACGAUUCCCUCGUCCUCUGAACCAGCACAUGAACCUACUCCGGCCCCGGCGCAUGAGCCAAUCCGACUUCCUGCUCCUGCGCCCAUCAUCAUCCACAAAGAGAACCCAGUGAACGAGGAGCUAUAUGCCAAGUACAAUAGAGCGCAGGAGGAGAUUGAGCGACUAAAGUCCCAAAUAGCCGAACUGACGACUCCUGCCGCCCAGGAAUUGCGCAGACGAACAAGGAAGCUAUCAGAUGCUGACAGCGUGGCCGCCUCUGAUGUACAGACAGUCGUGGUCGAGGACGCCCCACUGCAUCAAGAGGGUGUUCCCCUUCAGGUCGUUGUGAUAAUUGCUCUGGGAUUUGGACAAACACUCCGGGAGAUCAUCACGCGAAACGGGCU